AUGGAAAUUGAUGGGAUGACUUGGCGAGAUUUUGAGGAAGUUUUCAGGGAACAAUAUUUUAGUCCAUCUCACAGGAGGGCUCUUAUUGGAGUAUUUGAUGGUCUAAGACAAGGGGAUAUGACUGUGAAUGAAUUUUACAUGAAGUUUGUAGAGCUAUCCUCUUAUGCAUAUCCUGGUGUUGUUGAUCAACCCUUGGUGAUUGAACAGUUCAUGCGUCGUUUGAGGCCUGCGAUAUGUGGUCCUAUAGCCCCUUUGACCUUUAACAACCUGACUGAGUGUGUGACAGCAGCCUUGCGAACUGAGGCUCAUGUAGAAGGGAAUGAGAAGAAGAGCAUAAGCAGAGGAAGAGAAAAUGACCGAAAGAUGACCAAGAAGAAUCAAGGACAGUGGUCCCAGGGACAACAAUUUAGUGGGGGUAGCACUAGUAGUGGUUCAUCUGGAAAGACUCGUAGUGGACCAUACGGGUGUUUCAGUUGUGGUCAACAAGGUCAUAAGAAGAAAGAUUGCCCACAACGACAAAAAAGAUUCCAAGCAUCUCAUGGAGGACCCAUAGGGAGCUAUGUAGAGUCUACUCCUUUUCAUGGACAGCCCAGGACCAACCAGUCCCAGUCUUCAUCCUAUGGUUUCACACCCCAAUCAGGCUAG